AUGAAUUUGACAUUCAAAGAACGUUUAAGUAUUGCACUUGGAAUUUCUAAAGGACUUGGAGAAUUGCGUCUAGCUGAAAUCGUUCAUAGAGAUUUUAAGCCAGCAAGUGUUCUUCUUCAAUCAGAUCCGAGUGGACAUGGUUAUAUACCAAAAAUAGCUGAUUUUGAUGUGAAUUUUCUUAUUCAAACAGCGUCGGCUACAGCUGUUCAAAAGUUAGGUGGCACUGUUGGAUAUGAUACACCAGAAGUGGCCGAUGGAAAUACCCCAUCAUUUCAAACUGAUAUUUAUGCUCUUUCAUUUAUACUCUACGACCUAUUGACAGUUCAGCAUCCAUUUGGCGAUCUAAGAGAUAUGCAAAUAAUAACGAAAUUCACAAUAAAAGAGGAACGUCCUAAAGAUUGGAGCGUACUUGGUGUUCAUCCGACAGUACCAAUGGUGUCACAUGUGUUGAAAAACAUGAUUGAAAAAGGUUGGUUAUCGACUCCUAAAUAA